UUAACAGGUUAUUUAAGAGAACACCUUUUCUGCAAAUUCGUCACAGAGAGAAACAAACACUGAAAAGCGUCCCAGCUCAAAUUAAUUUCACUGGAAAUGGUUGCAGCUACGUCGACUGACCUACAUGUGGUCAUGUUCCCUCUAAUGGCUCAAGGCCAUAUGGUACCCAUGGUGGAUAUUGCCCGAAUACUAGCCCUUCGUGGGGCCAUGGUGACAAUAUUCACCACUCCUGUUAUUGCCAAUCGGUUUAGAUCAGUUAUUGUUCGAGCAACCGAAGCCAAUCUCAAGAUCAAGUUGCAUGAACUCCAGCUCCGAUUAGCAGAAGUUGGUUUACCAGAAGGGUGCGAGAGCUUUGACACACUCCCAUCACUCGAGUCUUUCGUCAAGCUCUUUGCAGCUAUCAGCUUGUUAGAAGAACCAGCAGAAAUUCUGCUCCGGGGACUUUAUCCACCUCCAUCUUGCAUAUUCUCAGACUUCCUUUUUCCCUGGACCGGAGAUAUAGCUCAGAGGUUUAACAUUCCUCGCCUUGUGUUCCAUGGACCCGGAUGCUUCUAUCUCUUGUCCAUGCACGUUGCCUUCGCUUCUAACAUGAUUGACACAAUUGAAUCGAACACGGAGCGUUUUGUGUUGAGUGGCUUGCCUGAUCGAGUUGAAUUCACUAAACCUCAGAUUACCGGUUCCUUCAAAGCCCGGACAGCAGUUCAGAAGGAGUUCUUCGAUCGUGCUCUUGCUUCUGAGAAAGCAGCAUACGGGAUCGUUGUUCAUACUUUUGAGGAGUUGGAACCUGAAUACGUUAAGGCGUUGAAAAAGGCAAAAGAUACCAACAUAUGGUGUAUAGGCCCCGUUUCACUAUGCAACAAAGAUGACAUCGAUAUAGCUGAGAGGGGAAACAAGGCUGCGAUCAACGAGAAUGAGUGCUUGAAAUGGCUUGACGAAAGGGAACCAGGAUCUGUGGUCUACGUUUGCUUGGGAAGUCUUACGCGUGCUUCGACACAACAGUCGAUUGAGCUUGGGCUAGGACUGGAGUCCACGAACCAGCCCUUCAUAUGGUGCGUAAGAAAGAAAACUGAAGAACUGGAGAAAUGGUUUUCAGAAGAAGGAUUCGAAGAAAGGGUGAGCGACCGAGGGUUGAUAGUCCAUGGUUGGGCACCACAAGUGUUGAUAUUGUCACAUCGAGCAGUUGGUGGUUUCUUGACACACUGUGGAUGGAAUUCGACAGUUGAAGCGGUCUGUGCAGGGAUGCCAACGGUUACAUGGCCACAUUUUGCUGACCAGUUUCUUAACGAAGCAUUCAUGGUAGAGAUUUUGAAGAUUGGGGUUAGAAUUGGUGUUGAAGUUCCACUUCCUUUCGGGGAAGAAGAUAAGACGGAGGCCUUGGUGAAGAAGGAAGACGUGAAGAGGGCUGUGGAAUGUUUAAUGGAUGCAAGCGAAGAAGGAAAAGAGAGAAGGAAGAGGGUGAGUGAGCUUGCGGAAAUGGCGAAGAGAGCAAUGGAGGAAGGUGGGUCUUCUUAUGUCAACGUAUCAUCGUUGGUUCAGGAUCUAACACAUAUGCAACUCAAAACCCGAUGAAUUAUAUACUCCAAACAUAUUUUUAGACUUAUUAUUAUUAUUAUUAUUAUUGUUAUUAUUAUUAUUUUAAAUCUAUGAUAUCUUAAUUUAAAUCUUGUAAAUACAGAAUCGGGGGAAAUUUUGUGGAGGUGAAAUUUAUGUACAAUUACACUCGGAUCUCAUAGAGUUAAUUGAUGAGAAAUCACGCAUGCAUGUUAAAAUAUUAAUACAUUAGAAAUGAGCAAAGUAAUUUUAUUGUCAUGGUUGGU